AUGGCACUGUUCCGAGGCGGUGUCAUUUUUUUCUUAGCCUGGGGUGUACUUGAGACUCUUAUUUUCGGAGGAAUGAUGUUUGGUUGGCCUUCUCUAGUGUUCGUCUUAAAGGAAGAACGUUAUUUUAGUCAUUUGUGUAAAUGCGAGACAAACUGUACGGAAACAAACUCCUCGACAAACGCUGGUCCAACAUCAUGUGCGGCGCAAGAUGAACAGUUUAACUUGAUAUUUGCGAUAGCUGUUGCAAUCAAAGGCAUUUUACUGGUUUUGACUGGAUCGAUGUAUGACAAACUUGGUACCUUAACUACAAGGUUACUUGGAAGUGUUAUAUUUUUGUCCGGAUCUUUGAUGAUAGCAUUCUCCAAACCAGCAAUUCCAUACGUCCUAUACCCAGCGGUGCUAUGCGUGAUGUACGGAGGUUUCUUUAUCCUUAUGACUAAUAUGCAACUUGGAAAUCUUCUCAAGAGAGGGCGCAAUACUCUGAUAUGUAUAAUGAACGGGGCAUUUGAUUCAAGCGCAUUCGUCUUACUUCUUAUCAAAGUUGCAUAUGAAGCCGGGAUAUCUUUACACGCGUCUUUCUUAACUAUCAGUGCCAUCUAUAGUAUCUGUAUUUUAAGUACGUUUCUAUGGUUACCACGACAAUUUAUUCUGGAUCCACUGCCAGAUGACUUUCACUUGACGAUAUGCUCUUCAUGUGAACGUAAUCAUGGAGAUUACGCAAUCGGAGUUAAAUCCGACCUUGAAAUAAGCAACAUUAAUGAGACGCAGACACAAGAUCCAAAUGAAGAAUCGGGUGAAACCAUCGGAUCGACAGGGGAUGAAGCACCAAACACCAUAGGUGGUUAUCGUAUGUUAGAGUCGCCACCACCUUUUAGUGUUGUUAUACAAUCGCCUAUGUAUUGGACAAGUGUUCUAUGGUUUUCGUCAACACACCUACGGCUCAUGUUUUUCUUGGGUAACUUCAACUCGUGGAUAACAUACCUGACUAAAGACAAUGUACAGAACGUGAGUAUGUAUACAACAGUAUUCUCGUUUAUGUUAUUUGCGGCUGUUAUUAUGGGUCCUCUAUCUGGGCCAAUGCUUGACCGACGAACAACGGCCCCAAUCGGAUCCCUAGCCCUUAAAUUAGAGAAAAUUCGUCAUUUCAUCCCAAUGUUUUAUCUUAACACCGGCCUUGGUGUCCUGCUUUCUGCAUGUGCAGCCAUUCCUGUGUUAGAACUGCAAUACUUUACAUUCGUGGUGUUUGUCUUGCAUAGGACCUUCAACUACGGUCCUGCAUCGGCAUUCCUUGCACAAGCAUUUCCAAGUCAACAUUUUGGUAAGCUUUAUGGUAUUAUGUUUACUACGGGUGCUAUUGUAAGUUUACUGCAGUACCCUCUGUUUAUCUGGAUCAAAGGACCACUAAAGAAUGAUUCCACGUGGGUGAGUACAUUCAUGAAUAAAUAA